AUGGCUUACUGCUCAUUGAAGUGGCGCAAAGAGCACGGAUGUAUGCCUCAGCCCAAUGAGAUGGUCGCGCUCCGUCCCGGUAUGAACCAGGUCGCAGAUCUUCAGAGCCUUGGGAUCGUACAGGCUAUGUCUCAUGUCUCUAUGGACGUCUUGCCGAACAUGGAUCAUACGGAUGUCAAGGAGUACUAUGCUGGUCAUACGGUACAGCACAGCCAUCGUGUUCGAGUCCUUACGCCCAUAGUCUGGAUCAACGAGAGCGGAAAGAAGAGCGCAGCUGCUUCUAUCAAGUUCAACUCCGGUCAAGCUGCAGCAGCUUCUAGCAAAGUCUCCUCCGCUGCCGACCACCGUAUUCCAAACUCUCAGGUUCACGAUCUACCCUUCAUCGAUCCCCAACUCGCGAGAGCCAUCCGCCAAGUCACCGAGGAGCCUUCUUCCCAUCCGCCAAUGGCGAUCCCAGGUCUUUGGCUCCAGCCACAAGCUCCACCAGACAACAAGAUGCAGCUCCAGAUCAUUCCUCCUGCUAAUACCAUCGUCAUCCCCCCAUCCGGAUCCGCACCGCACGUCACGCAAGAGCACGUUAUGUCUCCGAUAGCAAACCUACAACUAUACUACGAGAAGCUGCUCCACGAGCGCGACGAGCGAGAGCUUCAACAUAUCGCCGAGAGCAAGGACAAGGACAGGAUGAUCAGGACGCUCAAGGCCCUGCUUGGAUGGCCUUUGGACUAG